AUGUGCGUUCCCGGUCCUCUGGAAAAGCUCUACUUUCAUGGCUGCUUCAUCGAUCCGUUCUUUUCCCUCACCACCGAAGCCGAGAGAAUGGACUGUCUUACCGGAAACUAUGUUUACUUGGGUACGUGGGGUAAAGAUAAGUUCAGAACGCUGAAUGAGGAGCAAAAGCGACACUUCAAACGCUGUCUGAGCAAGAUCACGGCAUAUCUGGAAGAAAUGAAUGGGUGGGUCGAUGAGAUCGAGGUGGAACUUGAGGAGACGGCUGGAAUACGGCGAUGGGAUUGCAAGGUGGAAAAGUAG